GGUGGCGCGCCGGGCCAGAGGCGGAGCCGCUGGGAGGGCCGCAGGUAGGGACUAACCGGGCGGCACCUGCCCGGAGACCAGCGCGGACCCUCCUUCUGCGCUCAGCUGAAGUGAGGGGAAACCCGAGGCGUUCCUUGGAGAAGGUGGUGCGUCCUGGGGCGGCAUCUGAUGAAGAAAGACGCAAUGCCCCGAAGCCCCUGAGCUGAAAAGGCCAAAGAAGGGGCGGUAUGGCGUGGCCCAAACUGCCCGCGCUUUGGCUGCUGCUCUGCACCUGGCUCCCAGCAGGGUGCCUGUCCUUGCUUGUGACGGUCCAGCACACAGAACGCUAUGUUACCCUGUUUGCCUCUGUCAUCCUCAAAUGUGACUACACCACCUCUGCCCAGCUCCAGGAUGUGGUGGUGACAUGGCGCUUCAAGUCCUUCUGCAAGGACCCUAUCUUUGACUACUACUCAGCAUCAUACCAGGCAGCUUUAUCCCUGGGCCAGGAUCCAUCCAAUGACUGCAACGACAACCAGCGGGAAGUUCGCAUUGUGGCACAGCGGCGGGGGCAGAAUGAGCCCGUGCUGGGCGUAGAUUACCGGCAGCGCAAGAUCACCAUCCAGAACCGAGCAGAUCUUGUGAUUAACGAAGUGAUGUGGUGGGACCAUGGAGUCUAUUACUGUACCAUUGAGGCUCCAGGGGACACAUCAGGAGACCCUGAUAAGGAGGUGAAACUCAUCGUCCUGCACUGGCUGACAGUAAUCUUCAUCAUCCUGGGAGCUCUUCUCCUCCUGCUGCUGAUCGGAGUGUGCUGGUGCCAGUGCUGUCCUCAGUAUUGCUGCUGCUACAUCCGCUGCCCCUGCUGUCCCGCCCGCUGCUGCUGUCCUGAGGAAGUCCUGGCCCGCCACCGCUACAUGAAGCAGGCCCAGGCCCUAGGUCCUCAGAUGAUGGAAAAACCCCUGUACUGGGGGGCGGACAGGAGCUCCCAGGUUUCAUCUUAUCCAAUGCACCCGCUGCUGCAGCGAGAUUUGUCCCUGCGGUCCAGCCUCCAUCAGAUGCCAAUGGCCCAGACCACCAAUGGCCCUCCCAUCACCAAUGGUGUCCUGGAGUAUUUGGAGAAUGAACUGCGGAACCUCAACCUGGCCCAGCCUCUGCCCCCUGACCUCAAAGCCAGAUUCAGACAUCCCUGCAGCAUGCUGUCCUCCCUGGGCUCCGAGGUCGUGGAACGCAGAAUCAUCCACCUGCCCCCACUGAUCAGAGACCUGUCAUCUUCAAGGAGGACCACUGACUCCCUGCACCAGCAGUGGCUCACCCCAAUUCCCUCCAGGCCCUGGGAUCUGAGGGAGGGGAGAAGGCAGCACCAUUACCCUGAUUUCCACCAGGAGCUCCGGAAUCAGGGACCAAAGUCUUGGGCAUUGGAAAGAAGGGAGCUGGACCUGUCAUGGAGUGGAAAGCGCCAUAGCUCUAGGCUGAAUGGGUCACCCAUACACUGGUCAGACAGGGACAGCCUAAGUGAUGUCCCCUCGUCCAGCGAGGCACCCUGGCGGCAGAGCCACUCUCCUUUCAGGAGCCGCUGUCAGGAGAGGCCCCACAGGCCCAGCCCCCGGGAGAGCACUCAGAGGCACAGGAGACGUCGCAGGCACCGCAGCUAUUCCCCUCCCUUGCCCUCCGGCCUCAGUUCCUGGAGCUCUGAAGAGGAGAAGAAGGAGAGGCAACCCCAGGGCUGGGGGGCCCACCGCCGCCACUCGCACUCCCCACACUGGCAGGAGGAGAAGCCGCCUAGCUACCGCUCACUGGAUGUCACUCCAGGCAAGAAUGACAGGAAAAAAGGGAGCGUGGAGAGGCGCUCGGAGAAAGACAGCUCUCAUAGUGGAAGGAGUGUGGUCAUUUAGUCACCAAGCACAGUACAACUUCUGUGGCUACUUCUUGGCUCCUAUGUGUCAUCAGCAUCACCGAGAUUUCCAGCUGACUUGGGACCUGCAAGUCUGAAUCUAAAAAUUUUGGCCUAGAUUCUGAGAAUCAGAAAGAAGAAUUUUAAAUACAAGAGUUUGGACUUGGGUGUAGUGGCUCACACCUGUAAUCCCAACACUUUGAGAGACUAAGGUGAGAGGAUUGCUUGAGGCUAGGAGUUCAAGACCAACCUGGACAACAUAGUGAGACCCUAUCUCUGCAAAAAAUAACAAAAAAUUAGUUGGGUGCAGUGGCAUGCACUUGUAGUCACAGCUACUUGAGAGGCUGAGGCAGGAGGAUCCCUUGAACCAGGAAUUCAAGGCUGCAAUGAGCCAGGAUCCCAUGAUCACAUCUCUGUACUCCAAGCUGGGCAAUAGAGCAAGUCCUCAUCUCUUAAAAAAAAAAAAAAAAAAAAAAAAACCCAAAGCCAAAAAACAAAAAAGUAAGAGUUUGAGGAAUUACUAACUGUAGUUUUAGCCUUGGUUCUUGCUCUUUUGUGUAUUUAUAUAGUCUCUGACUUGUAACAGACCCUAACUGGAAUGCGAUCUCUCAGGAACUUAGUAGCCUGAGUCUUUCAGUAGAUUACACUGCCCAAAACCAAGGCCAUUCUCAAAGUAAGAACUUGGAAAUCUUUGAGAAGAAAACAAGCAUGUUUCAGGAAGAGGAUAUCUAUGGAGUAUUAUAGAGAAAUUCCCAUGGGAAUGUGUCUUCCUCUAUGGCAUGUCUUGAGGGUCCUUUCUUGUUAGGAGUUUAUCCUGCCAUCUCCAUGCCCAGUCCUGAGGUCCUAGUCAGAGAUGGCACAGGAAAUACCCCAACCAUGUGCCACUCAUGGACUCUUUAUUAUAACUGUAGAAAAAUCACAAAGAAGCAGUUUUGCACCAGCCUUAUUCCUGUGCCUUGUUUUCCUCUUGUUCUUUUUUACCCAUGUAUCUAAUUUAUAUUUUCAUAUAUAUUGUAUAAUCAUUGAAGUCACUUUAAAUCCUUCUUGGAAACAACAUAGUAUAUAAAUAAGAAAGAAAGAAAACUUACCAAGCUGAGGAUGCUGCUCCAAAUAAAUACCUGCUUUUCUACUUUGAUUUGAUUGGAUCAAGCUGCAUUCACCACUAUAGCUCAGAGAAGGGCCCAAUCAACCUAGGGAGUUCUGGAGCUACCAUUCUCCUGGCACUACUCAGCCUUUCAGAGUUGAAAUUUCCCAGGAAGAAGCAUCCAGGCAGGUCUUGCCAGUCAGCCCCAGGAAGAAAGAACUGUAUUGUCCCUAUAAUAGACUCUACCACCUCCUCCCAUUUUUCUCAUUCCCUUUGGAGGCUUCCGUGAUCUGUCUGUGCUUCAUAUAGAGAUCCACCCUGAGCAUAUUGGAAGGAGAUGACCUGAGUGGAGGAGAGCGUGUGUAUAUGAUCCUCAGCAGUAUCCUUAUGUGCUCACCUUAGAUCCUAUUUAUUGUCACAUCAAUUUUCUCCCAAUCUCAUUAAUUACAUGUGGAAAAAAUAGGUUAAAUUUCUGCAUUAGGUAGUCUUCUCUGGGAUUUUUGAUUAUUCACAUGUAAUUGGAUCUAAAGUAGCAAAAACAUACCUAUAUUUAAACAAAUAAUGUAGACAUAACAUUCAGUAGGUGAGAGACUUCUGGCCUGGACAAGAUGGCAUUACCCCUUCCCCUGCUAUGCCCUGUUAAGCACAACUUAAUAAAUGUUAGAAAUGGUACAAGAGAAAACUAAAGGAGAAUUCUGAAGGGUAUGAAGAAGCUGAGCUGGUUUGAAAACCCAGGACCACAGAGCAGCACAAAGGCAGGGCAUCUUUUUUUAUUUUUUAUUUUUUAUUUUUUGAGACGGAGUUUCACUCUUGUUACCCAGGCUGGAGUGCAAUGGUGCGAUCUCGGCUCACCGCAACCUCCGCCUCCUGGGUUCAGGCAAUUCUCCUGCCUCAGCCUCCUGAGUAGCUGGGAUUACAGGCACGCACCACCAUGCCCAGCUAAUUUUUUGUAUCUUUAGUAGAGACGGGGUUUCACCAUGUUGACCAGGAUGGUCUCGAUUGACCUCGUGAUCCACCCGCCUCGGCCUCCCAAAGUGCUGGGAUUACAGGCUUGAGCCACCGCGCCCGGCCAGGCAGGGCAUCUUAUAUCCCCUUAACUAUCAGGUGUUUCCUGACUUUCCAUCUAGAAACAGAAGGUAGCCCAGAAGCUCAUUCUUCCCCCUGAACCUAUUGGAGUCCCUUUGACAACCUCAAGCAAGGGGACUGAUUGGGAGUCCUACAAAAAAUAAAUAACCAGGGGAAGCACCCUUCUUCCCCUGGGUCAGAAACUCCUCUUUUCCAAGGAGAGAUACUGAGGUGGACAGGAGGAGCCAGUAAGAGAAACCCAGGAAAAAUAGGUGGUCCAGUUGGGGAAGCCUUUUUGCACAAGCCUGAGACUCUCCUCUUCUGCCCAGAGAUACUAGGAUUGGCAGGUAGAACCAGGAAAAGGGACCCGUCACAGCCAACAUUCCCGAAGCCAGCCACCUGAUCACGGAAGCCACUUUGUGGAAGCAAGACUCUCCUCCCAGGCCCAGAGAAAUCUGGGCAGCUAGAGGCACCAGCAGGAUUUAUCAUAGCCUGCCCUCACCAAGAGAUAUCUGGCAACCCAGCCAGGAAAAUUCCUCCUGCCCUUUCAGGCAGCACUAACAGAGACCAGUGGGAGCCUUAGAUAAACCAAGCAACCAAAAUAACACUACAAGGGCUCUGAAAAUUAAGCUACAAUUAGAAUUACAGCCCACAAAAGUAGGCUAAAACUGUAUACUAAACCUAACAGAUUGACUCCUUGUAAAACAAAAUAUUGCAAUAGAAAUAAGUCUCCUAACAUAAUAGGCAAAAUGUUCAGAGUAAAAAGCAAGAUAAAAAUCAAAAUGUUCAAGUAAAAAUCACAGUAAAAUCACAACUUGAAUGAAAAAGGAAAUUAGUAGAUUCUAGCACUGAGAUAAAUCAGAUAUUGGAAUUAUAUAUUAAGAUUUUUAAAGCAGAUAUCAUAAAAAUGCUACAACAAUCAAUUAUAAAUUCUCUCAAAACAAAUGAAAAAAACCAGAAACCUCAGAAAAAAAGUAAGUUUUAUCAAAAGGAAACAAAUGAAAAUUGUAGAACUGAAAAAUACAACAACAAACUGAAAACUCACUGGAUAGGCUUAAUAGUAUGGUAGAGAUGAUGGGAGAUAAAAUCUGUGAACUUGGGAUCGAACAAUAGAAUUUACCCAAUCUGAACAAUAGAAAAUAUACCAGGAAAAAUAAACAGACCUCAGGGACCUAUGGAACAGUAACAAAAUAUCCAGCAUUCAUAUUAUUGGAGUAACAGAAAGUAAAGGAGAAAAAGAGUAGGGAUGAAUGAGUAUUUGAAGAAAUAAGACUGAAAACAUUCCAAAUUAGAUGGAAGACACCAACUUAGAGAUUCAAGAAGCUGGAUGGAUCCCACAGAAGAAACAAAAAAUCCAUGCCCAGGCACAUUAUAAUUUUUUGAAAACUGAAGACAAAGUCCUGAAAGCAGCAAGUGAGAAAUAGUGCAUUGCUUGUAGGAGAACACCAAUUUGAAUGGAUUUCUUAUCUGAAACCAUAAAUAAGGAAGUGGCCAAAUAUUUUUUAAGUGAUGAAAGAUAGAAACUGUCACCUAUAAUUCUAGAUCUGGCAAAGCUAUCUUUUAGGAAUGAAGGGUUAUAAAACAUUCACAGACGAAUGAAAAUUAAAAGAUUUUGUUACUAGCAGAUCUACCCUUAAAAGACUAGCUGAAGGGAGUUCUUCAAACAGCAAAGAAAUGAUAAAAGAAGGAAACUUAGAACAUCAGGAAAAAAGAAGAAACAACAGAGCAGAAAUAUGGGUUCAUACAAUAGACAAUUUUUUCCUUAUGGGUUUUAGAAAUCAUAUUUUAUGAUUGAAACAAAAAUUGUAACAACAUCUGAUACUCAAAACAAUGAUAUUUAAAGGUGGGGAAGCCAAAGGGACCUAAAUGGAAGUGAGGUUUCCACACUUCAUUUGAAGUGGUAAAUAUUGAUACCAGUAUAUUGUUACAAGUAGCAUGUGUAACACCCAGAGCAACCAAUAUGAAAACUAUACAAAGUGACAAACUCAGAAGUAUUACAAAUAAAUCAAGAUGGAAUCUAAAACAUGUUUAAAUAAACUGCAGAAAGGCAAGAAAGAAAAAGUGAUGAGAACCAGAGGAGACAAAUAGAAAAUAAAUAACAAAAUAACAGGCUAAAGUGCUAUCAUAUCAGUAAAUACCUUAUAUGUAAAUGGUCUAAAUACACCAAUUAAGAGAUUGGUAGAAUGAGUUAAAAACAACCCAUAAUCCAACUAUAUGCUGCAUAUAAGAAACUCAUUUUAAGUUCAAACACAGAUAAGUUGAAAAUAAAAAGGGCGGAAAAAGAUAUAUCACAUAUACAUUAACACCUUUUUAAAAAACAGCAGGAGUAGCAGUAGUAGUGUCUGAUAAAGUAGACUGCAAAGCAAAGAAAAUUACCGAGACAAAAAGGAAUAUUACUUAAUGAUAAAAGGAUCAAUCAGAAGACACUACAUACUAAAUAUGUACAAGCGAAACCACAGAGCCUUAAAUAGCUGAAGCAAAAAUUGGUAAAGCUGAAAUGAGAAAUAGAAGAAUCUGGCUGCGCACGGUGGCUCAUGCCUAUAAUCCCAGCACUUUGGGAGACCAAGGCAGGUGGAUCACAAGGUCAAGAGAUCAAGACCAUCCUGGUCAACGAGGUGAAACCCCGUCUCUACCAAAAAAAAAAAAUACAAAAAUUAGCUGGGCAUGGUGGUGCGCGCCUGUAGUCCCAGCUACUUGGGAGGCUGAGGCAGAAGAAUUGCUUGAACCCAGAAGGCAGAGGUUGCGGUGAGCUGAGAUCAUGCCAUUGCACUCCAGUCUGGGUAACAACAGUGAAACUCCGUCUCAAAAAAAACAAAAACAAAAAAGAGAGAAAUAGAAGAAUCUAUAAUUAUAGUUGGGAACUUCAACAUCAUUCUCCCCUUUCCCCAGUAACUACUGGAACUAUGAAGAAGAAAAAUCACAAGUAUAUGGAAAAUCUGAGCAACACAAUCAACAAGGUCUAAUUAACAUUUAUAAGACAUAUCACCUAACAAUAUGUUUUUCUCAAUUGCCCAUGCAACAUUCACCAACUAGAAAAAGACAUAAAAUGUAUAGAAAAACAAACUUAACAAAUGUAAAAGAAUUGGCAUCAUGUGCUCUGGACAUAAUGGAAAACUGAAAAUCUCUAACAAAGACAACAGGAAACUCUUAAAACACUUGAAAACUAAACAACACAUUUCUAAAUAAUCUAUGUGUCAAACAGGGCAUCUCAAAGGAAAUUAAAAGGCUACAUGGAACUAAAUAUAAAUGAAAACAUAUCAAAGUAUGUGGGAUGCAGCUAAAGCAGUACUAAGAAGAAAAUUCAUAGCACUGUAUACUUACAUUAAAAAUUAAGAAAGGGGCACUUGAUCAUCUCAUGCUGCCUACUUGACCUUCUUCCAAGUACACUUCCUUUCAUUCCUUCUCUAAAGUGUUUUAAUAAACUUUCACUCCCCCAUAACAAUUAAGAAAGGUGUCAUAUUGAUAAUUUAAGUUCCUACUUUUCCUGAAAAAGAGGAGCAAAAUAAAUCCAAAGCAAGCAAAAGGAAUAGAGUGGUAAAGUGCAGAAGCCAAUAAUAUUGAAAGUAGGAAAAUCUUACUGAAAAAUGCCAUAAAAGGAAAAGGUCGUUGUUCAAAACAAACAAACAAAAUAAUAAUAAAAUCAAUAAACCUCUAGCAAGAUUGACAACAAUGGAAAAUGAGUCAUCGAUAUGAGGACUUAAACAGGAACUCUCAUUUCAAAUACUGCAACCAUUAAAAAAGAUAAUAGAAAAUCUUACAUAUGGCUUUAUGCUCAUAAAUUUGACAAUUUAGAAUAAGUGGACCAAUUCCAUGAAAAUCAAACUACAAAAACUCAACUAAGAUGAAAUAGACAAUCUAAGUAACCCUAUUAUUAUUACAGAAAUUUUUAAUUAAAAAUCUCUCCAAAAUAAAAUCUCCAGGUCCAAAUGGCCUCAUUGCCUAAUUCUACUACACCUUUUUUAAAGGGGAAUUAACACCAACUUUGCAUAAUCUCUUCCAGAAAAUAGAAAAGGAAACAACAACAACAAAACAAACAAACAAACAAACAUCUCCCCUAAAAUUAGAAGCAAAAAUCUUUUCUAGAUUGUUAGCAAAUCUUUUAAUACACCAUGAACAAGUGGGAUUUAUUCCAGAUAAGCAAGCUUAGUUCCCAGAAUAGAUCAAAAAAUCUUGAAAAAUAAAUUUGGAUGACUUAGAUACUUCUCAACUUUAAAAUGUAUUAUAAAACAUUAGUAAUCAAUAUAGUGCAGUAUUAAUGUAUUGAUCCAAUGUGACAUAAUUGAGAGGCCAGAAAUAAAGUCCUAUAACUAUCAAUAAAUUGAUUUUUCACAAAGCUGCUAAGGCAAUUCAAUGAGAGAAAGACAGUAUUUUCUAUAAAUGGUGAUGGACCAUUUGUUUAGUCAUAUACAAAAAUAUGAAUUUAGACUCUUAUGCCUUCCACAAAAAUUAACUCCAAAUGGACAAUAGACCUAAAUGCUUUUCUGUAUGCUCUUAUUGAAACCACCUUUGCAAAAUUAUGACAGAGAAAUUUGACAUAGUUAACUCCAUUUUGCUUCUGAUCUCCAAGCUGUCCUUGGUCAUUGCUGGGCAUAGGUCAAAAUAACUUUGGAAAUAAUUUAUAGUAUUACCCUAAAUCAAAGAUGAAAAUAGUCCUUUCUAAAACUAAACUGCCUUUAUAAAAAGUAAUGAAAGGCCACAAGGUUAAGUUUGUGAGAGGGGCCUGAAUUCUGAAAAUAAAGGCAUAAUUACUAUAAUUCCUUACUGCUCAGUGGUCAUGAAGCCAGAAGUCACAAGAUUUGUGACUUUCCCAACUGUUCCUAUAAGAAAUAUCACUAUUGUAAAACCCAAGAUUUUUUUUUUAAGAUGUUUUUCAGACUGAUCCCACCCAAACUCAUGACUCAAUGGAUCCUAUUGCCCCAACCAGAGGUGAACUCAGCACAUGAAGAUUGUCUCAUACACUGCCAUAAUGUCAUCUUCAACCAAUCAGCAGCACCCAUUCCUUAGCCCCCUGCCCACCAAAUUGUCCAUAAAAUCCCUAACCUCCAAGUCUUUGGGGAGACUGAUUUGAGUAAUAAAUUCAGUUCUCCUGAGUGAGCCAGUCUCACAUCAAUUUAACUCUUUCUGUCCUGCAAUGCUGUGGUCUCAGUGGAUUGAUUUUUGUCUGUUCAGUGGGCAAGAAGAACCAACUGGGUGAUUACAUUAAGACAGGUAUGUCUUUAGAGCUGGAAUGGCUAAGUGAGUAACACAAAACAAAUCCAUUUUAGCAUUUUGAGAAAGAAAAAAUAGCUCAGGGCAAUUGCAAAAUUGAGCAGGCCCAGAGAAACACUGGUAUGAGACUUUAGUCAUACCCUUUAUCCAUGUCGAAAGGCAAUUACUUAAAGACAUUUUGUUCCUCAUAGCUGCCUCUCCCAUUAUCUUCAGGUUCCUGGAAUUUGUGAUACAAAGAACAGUGUAUAGUCAAUUAAUAGCUUGUGUUAAGGUAAAUUCUUUGUAAACAACUCAGGAACUGCCUGUUCUUUUUUCCUUAAAACAUACUUGUAACUACUGCGAAUUGGUGUGUAUAUUCAGGGUAACUUCAAUCUAUGCUCCCUGGUGACCAUUUUCAAGCUUUAGGCCCAAAUAAACUCUCUACUUAAUCAUA